UUUUAUAUAUCAAAGUAAAUUACCCGGUGCUAGUUUACAUUUAUCACUUGAUGUUGCUGGAGUAUCUUCGAGUGAAAAAAUGAUGACAACCCCCACUAUGAUGGCAGGAAAGUUAUAUAAAUUUAUUCCAGAAAAUCAAAAUGGACGUUUUUAUCCUUUUAUUAUGUAUGGUGCUAAAGCCACUCUUCCUACUGGUGAAGGUGAUAUUACUGAUGCUCUUUCUUUUAUUGAUGAUGGUGGUAUUUCUUGGACUGGUAAUGCGGGAAUACCACAAGAAGAAGAAGAAAUUAUUUUGGAUAAUGCCAAUGUUGAUUUACAGGAUGUUAUUCGUGAUAAUGUGAAAAUAAAAGUUCGUGUUGGUCGUGGUAUUGUAGUUGGAGGAUUUCAGGGGUCAGAUGCUGCAGAUGUUGAAGCUGCAUAUAAACAAGAACUUGCUAAUCAUACCAGUGUUGAUAGUGAUGGUUCGUACAUUAUGAAAAUUAUGGGUUAUAUUACUGUUAGAUUUAAACAAUUACGUUCAUCUCCACUUGAAAUUGUUGAAGCAUAUAAUUUUGUUCGUUGCCAAUCAUCUUGGAAGGAUACUCAGACAGGUCAAACUGUUUCUCAUGAUAGUGUAAUUUCGUUAAAUGGAUUAGGUCAAUUUGUUCAAGACGGUGUUAGUGGGUUUGUUAUUGAACGUGGUGAUGGAGAAUCUUGGAGUGAUGCUCUAAAACGUUAUGGUUAUGAAAAUUUGCCUGUUGACACUUUCAUGACUCUUGGUUCUCUUGCUGAAGGAACGGGUAUUACUUCUUAUGUGUGUAACUUAGCUAAAAGAGGAGUUAAAAGUGUAAUUGGUCCUUUAGUUGAAAGUGCUCUUUCUGAUGCUAUACCUGGUUAUAAUACGGCUAAAGUGUUGGUAGGUUAUGCUUAUACUGGUAUUUCUGAGGGUAUGCAGUUUAUUGAUAAUAAUACAUAUUUGAGUGCUGGUCGAGAUGCAUUGGAAUCUGUUUUAAUUGGUGGUUUGAGGAAAGUUGCUGGUGAUGAAGUUGUUGAUUUUUUAGUAUGCUACUUCGUUAUAUCUAGACUAUAUCAU